AUGUCUAAUCAAAAAGGAAAGGAAAAAGCCUUUAAAAUAUCGGUUCCAAUUUGUGAAAGUGAAGACGACGAUAUACCUUUAGCUCAACGUCCCUUAUCACGCGUUGAACGUCAGCCUCGUCCCGUCAAGAAACCAAUUAAGCAAGAAAGUAGUAGUGAAGACGAUGAUGAUAUUCCUUUAGUCAAGCGUAAAUUAGCUUCUCCUACUAAAUCCAUGAAAGAAGAAAGUGAUAGUGAGGACGAUGUGCCUUUAGCAAAAAAACGACAAUUAAAGAAAGUAAGCCCUAAAGCCAGUCCUAAGCCUAAAGCCAGUCCCAAACCAAAGGAAGUCAAGGCCGAACCAAUGGAUGUGGACACAACCUCUAAAAAACGACCCGCCAGUGCUGCCAUUCCUGCCAGUAAUAAGCGCGAAAAGAAGGUAAAGAAGGAAGAAGACGACCCUGAUCUUUACAAAUGGUGGGAAGAAGAGCAACAACCUCAAGAGAUUGAACAAGACGACUCUGUUAAAUGGACUACAUUGCAACACAGCGGUGUACUUUUUCCCCCAGAGUAUAAACCUCACGGCGUUAAAAUGAGAUAUAAUGGUAAACCCAUCUCUCUUUCUCCUGAAGCAGAAGAAGUUGCCUCUUUCUUUGCUGCUCUUUUAGAAACUGACCAUGGUCGUAAUCCUGUCUUUCAAAAGAACUUUUUUGACGACUGGCAGACUGUCCUGAAGAAAGAUCCCAGGAAUCCUGAAAUUACUUCAUUUGAAAAGUGUGAUUUCUCACCCAUCCAUGCCAUGUUUGAAAGUGAAAAGGAAAAGAAGAAACUUUUAACCAGGGAGGAAAAAGCCGCUAUUAAAGCAGAAAGAGAAAAGCUUGAGGCAAAAUAUCUUUAUGCCAUGGUCGACGGCCGUAAAGAAAAGGUGGGUAAUUUCCGAAUUGAACCUCCAGGUUUGUUUCGUGGUCGAGGCAAUCAUCCCAAAACAGGUAAGCUCAAGACUCGCGUAGCACCUGAGCAAGUCACUUUGAAUUUAGGUGUCGAUGCCGUCAUUCCCGAACCUCCUCAGGGUCACAAAUGGGCUGCCGUCGUACAUGACCAAACCGCCACUUGGUUAGCCACCUGGAAAGAAAACGUCAAUGGCGCUACUAAAUACGUCUUUCUGGCCGCUACUUCUGCCUGGAAGGGUCAAAGUGAUAUGCAAAAGUUUGAGAAGGCCAGAGAACUGAAAAAAUAUGUCAAGACCAUUCGUGCCAAUUAUACCAAGGAAUUACGUGAUAAAUUAAGUGAGGUCCGCCAACGUGCAACCGCCAUGUAUCUCAUUGAUCGUUUGGCCUUGAGAGCUGGUAAUGAAAAGGGUGAUGAUGUAGCUGAUACCGUCGGUUGUUGUUCUCUCCGUCAUGAACAUAUUAAAUUGGAACCACCCAACAUCUUGCAUUUUGAUUUCUUGGGUAAAGAUUCCAUUCGUUAUCAAAACACAGUUGAAGUUGACCUUCAAGUGUUCAAGAACAUCAAGAUCUUUAAGAAACAAGUAGGCGAAGGACACAAGAUCUUUGAUCGUCUGACUACAUCCGAUUUGAACAAGUACUUGAAUAGUUGUAUGAAGGGCUUAACCGCCAAAGUUUUCCGUACCUAUAACGCUUCGAAUACAUUUCAACAGCAAAUCGAUUUAUUAACAAAUCCUAAUGACUCUGUACCUGACAAACUCUUGUCUUAUAAUCGUGCGAACCGUGAAGUGGCUGUCUUGUGUAACCAUCAAAGAUCUGCUUCCAAAACACAUGCUCAAAUGAUUUCUAGGAUCAGUGAUCGUAUUCGAGCUCUCAAGUAUGACCGUAUGAAGUUGAGAAAGCAAUUGUUGGCAUUAGACCCUAAAUUGAAGAAAAAGCCCGAAUAUGGAGAACCUGAAUCUGAUCUGGAAGAUGAUUGGAUUAAGCAACAUGAAGAGGAAUUGGUCGAGAAAGAAAAGGAUAAGAUCAAGUCCCGAUUUGAGAAACAAAAUGAGAAAUUGGCUGCAGAAGGUGUGCCAGCCAUGACCUUGAAAGAUUUGGAAGAGAAGUUGAAGGCUGCUGAUGAGCUUGCUGUUCGUUUAAAGAAGGAACGUAAGCUUGCCAAGAUUGAACCUCCUGCAAAGGCUAGCGUUGAAAAGUUAAUCGCCAGUAUCGAAAAGAUCGAUACUCGUAUCUAUGCUACUAAAAAUCAAGCUACAGAUAAAGAAGAGAAUAAGGAAGUCGCUCUUGGUACCUCCAAAUUGAAUUACAUUGAUCCUCGCAUUACCGUCGCUUGGUGUAAACGAAAUGAUGUACCUAUGGAGAAGGUCUUCAGUAAAACUUUAGUAGAUAAAUUUAGAUGGGCUCAAAACAUACCAACAGACUGGAAAUUCUAA